CCUUCCCAUCGACAUGUCUUCCUCGCCACCAUAUACCUACCCUUUCGCCACCUCCCCUGACAUCAUCCGUUCGCAUCAGAAAGACGCCUACUUCUCCGGCCAUCUCCUAGAACAACUCUCUACACUCCUUCGCAAAGUCUACGGCGCGCGCUUUGCCCACACAUACACAUCCGAAACACGCGUUUUUGGCGAACUGCUGUACCUCGGUCUCACAACCCUAAUCGGAAACCGGACGCUCGGCGAGGAAUACUGCGAUAUAAUACAAGUAGAAGGGGAAAAUGGAAGACUACCUGCCUUGGGAAGAAGAGCAGGGUAUAUUUUGAGCUCAAUCCUAGGACCAUAUCUGCUAGGGCGUGUGCUCCCGGUAUUUAGGAGGAGGAUUAGGGCCAAGCUUGAAGCGAAUUUGCGACGAUAUGCAAAGCAUCGGGCGCCGGCUCAUCAGUCUGGUAAUGGUGGGAGUAAACCGCCUUCACUGCCCCUAGGAGUACGCAUUCAGAAGUACAUUUUGCAAAAUCUGGAUACCCUAACAUCGCCUUCGCCUCUUUACGCGCUGUCCCUAGCAACGUUUUAUUUCGCCGGAUCGUAUUAUCACCUUUCGAAACGGAUAUGGAGUCUGAGAUACAUCUUUACGCGGCACGUCCCCGAGAGCGACCAAAGAGUAGGGUAUGAAGUACUAGGCGUAUUGCUAGUUUUGCAAAUGGCCGUCCAGGGAUAUCUCCACAUCCAAAACACCGUGACUAGGGAUACCGUUACUACAGCCACUCUUGGAUCCGGAACCGGCGCUACGGCCAUGGUUGGUGGUGGCGUCGAGGUCUCGCUAGAUCCCAAUGCAUACAGCGCCAACAACGCGCUUCUUUUCGAGGCUGCAACCCCUUCAUCUUCCCAUUCGGAACUGCAGAAAUGGACACAUACACCAGCCGCAGAUAAGCCAAGGUACGAAUUGAGCGACGAAGGAACUAUGGCGUGGAUUGGGGGUGGGAAUAGAAAGUGCACACUAUGUCUGGAGGAGAUGAAGGAUCCGAGUGUCACGACGUGUGGACAUGUGUUCUGCUGGGUUUGCAUAUCUGAUUGGGCGAGGGAAAAGCCCGAAUGUCCAUUGUGUAGGCAGAGUUGCCUUGCACAGCAUGUGCUCCCAUUGAGGGGCUAAUUUAUGCACCUUAUUCUCGAUCUUUUGUCUUUUGAUCCUUCCUGGGCAAGAGGAGAUGGGGAUGCCUUCUAUUCUGUU